AUGGCGGCGUUUGCCGCUGCUGCUUUCCUGAUGGGAAGCAGCGAUGCCUUCUAUGUUCCUGGGGUUCACCCACUGUCGUUUGAAAAAGGAGAGGAUGUGCCUUUGAAAGUGAACGCGUUGACCUCUGUCCAUACUCAAAUCCCAAAAGACUAUUACCGCUUGCCCUUCUGCAAGCCAGAGAAUGGGCCCAAAAUGGCUUCAGAAAAUCUUGGGGAAUUCUUGACAGGCAACAAAAUUCAAGACUCGCCUUAUGUCAUUCAGAUGCUCACAGAAAAACGCUGUUCCAAGCUCUGUCAAAUUAGACUGAACGGGGUGGAUGCCUUGAGACUCCAAAAGCACAUCAAGUAUGGAUACCACAACAACUGGAUCAUUGACAAUCUUCCUUCAGCCAAUGUCGCUGUCAGCAAUGGAGCCAUGCAAAAGCAUUAUGCUGGAGGAUUCCCCAUUGGAUUUGUCGAUACAAAUGAAAAGGAUGCCUACAUCUUCAACCACGUGAAAAUUAUCAUUGACUACCACGUACGAGAUGAUGGUGGUUACAGAGUUGUUGGAUUUGGCGUCGAACCAACCUCCGUCAAACACCGAUUCCCCGGUGGAUUCGAAUGGGAUGGAAUGGCCAGCGAUGGCUUCCACAAGGAACUCGAAACCUGCCCAACCGCAACAACCGAUUUUAUCUCCCAAGACAGUGUUGAAACCGUCCAAGUUGUCAGAGCCGGCGAGCAGAUUCUUUUCACCUACGAUGUUACUUGGAUCAAGAGCGAUGUUGCCUGGACUUCUCGAUGGGAUGUUUAUUUGUCUGAAGACCAUUUUGUCCCUCCCCAAGUUCAUUGGUAUUCCAUCAGUAACUCCAUUCUGGUUGUCCUCUUCCUUUCUCUUGUGGUCCUCUCUGUUUUGGUGCGCAAUCUCCGAAGAGAUAUUGCUGCUUACAAUUCUUUGGCCAUUCUCACAGAUGAAGAGGAAGGCGACGAAGAGGAUGAAAAGGGCUGGAAAUUGGUUCAUGCCGAUGUUUUCCGUCCUCCUCAAAACAGACCCAUGCUCUACUGUGUCUUCAUGGGAACUGGAGUUCAGCUUGGUUUGACCACUCUUUUUGCCAUUGUGUUUGCUGCUGUUGGAUUUUUGUCCCCUGCCAGACGUGGCUCCUUCAUGAAUGCCAACUUGGCUUUCUACAUGCUAUCGGGUGUUUGUGCUGGAUAUGUUAGCAGCUGGCUCUACAAAGCAUUUGAUGGAAAAUAUUACCAGAUGUGCACAGUUUUGACAGCAACCCUCUUCCCUGGAAUCUCCUUUGCCAUCUUUAUCUUUUUCAACACUGUGUUGGCCUUCCACCACUCUUCGGCAUCUGUUCCAUUCUUGGAUGUCCUCAUUGUGGCAGCCAUGUGGGGUUGCAUUUCUAUCCCGUUGACUUUUGUUGGAGCCUUUGUGGGAUACAAGAAGGACAAAAUGGAGUUCCCAACCAUUACAUCCAGCAUUGCCAGGUCCAUCCCUGAACCUCCGCUUACUCUGAACCCUUGGAUUGGAAUGACUUUGACUGGUAUUAUUCCUUUUGCCGCGGCCUACGUGGAGCUGUUCUUUAUCAUGACAAGCCUCUGGAUGAACCAAUUCUACUACGUCUUUGGUUUCACCCUGAUUGUGUACAUUAUCUUGAUUAUCACAUGUGCAGAGGUGACACUUCUUUGUGUGUACUACCAGUUGUGCGCUGAGAACCACAGGUGGUGGUGGUAUUCCUUCUUCUGCUCUGGAUCUGUUUCUUUCUACAUGUUUGGGUACAGCAUCAUUUGGUUUGGAUCAUUGGAGGCCUCCAAAAUGCCCAUUACAUACUUGCUCUACUUUGGAUACAUGUUCCUCAUUUCGUUUGGAAUGUUGUUGGUCACGGGAUCAGUUGGGGCUCUCACUUCCUUGUGGUUUGUCAGGACCAUUUUUGGAACUAUCAAGGUGGACUAA